AUGAAGCUCGAGGUUGAGGACAUAGAUGAGGUAAUGGAGCAGAUCACUAGGCUGGCGCCCCCGAUACACAAAGAGGACCAUAGGUUCCUCAAUCAGCUGAGACAGACAAUAGAGAAGAAUACUGUUGUAAGGCCGAGCCCAAAUCUUCAAAGACUGGCUGAGAAAAGCGACCAAAGGGAUCUCAAGAUACUAUCCCUUGCACUGUUGAGAAGAGAUCUACCUUUAAAGGCACGCUUGGAGUUUAGCGAAUAUGUUGAGAGAGUAAAGGAAAAAAUAAAAGGCCUGAGAAGAAGUGCGCCUGAACAAGAGGGCCAGAGGGCCCGUGAAAGCAGCGUUUUUCAAUACGGCAGCAUGAUGGAGGACGUGACCAAAGUCGAAGAGUCCAUACCAGGCAUUCGGGAAAAAUUAAAGAAGGCACAGGGCCUAAUUGAAGACGCAUUCACCAGGUCUUCAGGAAAACAUCUAGGGCCUCUCGAAUAUGCGGAGAAUUUCUUCAGCCUUAUAUAA